CAUCACUCACCUCGAAUAACCAUUCUUCCAAUCCCCUGUCCUCCCUCCACAACACACCCACCAUGGAUCCCGCCGAAAACCCUCCUCAAGGAGGAGGGGGGAAAUUAACCACGCGAUACGGCUUACUCGUACCCAAAGACGUAUUAUCCAAGUACCAAAUCAACCCCGAACUCAUCGUCCGACCGGACCUUGUCACCAUGUACGUCGGUUUCUGGGGCAAAACCAAGUGGCAGCGCGCCUACGAAUGGCACCUCGCGGCGUCAAUUGCCAGAUGCGAGAUAACGGUACAACGACGCCUCAACCAAGACGAAGUGAACGGCCUCACCACCCUCGUCAGCGACAGCACUUACAGCACGGGCUUCUCGAUAGCUCCCGCCAUGACUGCCGGCCUCGGGUACUUUUUCUACAGGGGACGAAAGUCCCCGCUCUGGGAUGUCUGUUAUCCAAUGGAUAAGCGAAGGACCCUGUUCCGGCCUUGGUCGGAGCUGCGCAUGGGAGCGUUCAAUCUCCUUAAUUCCGGUCAAGGUCCGCACGUCCUCUGGAGGGCGUUCGUUACUCUGUCGUGGUUUUAUUUCGCUGGGUAUAUUCAUGGUGGUGUUAUCUCUAAAGUGAAGGAAAUGCGUGGUCUUGAUAGCGACCCCAGGCUGAGGGAAUAUAAUACCCUCAUUCGGAACCAGAUUGAGAAAAAGCUGCCCACCAAGACGGGACAAAUUUCUCCUCCGCCGUAUCCCCCUGCGCAGCAAGAACAGCAGAACCAGCGUGGCGCGGAUGAGUACCCGUUAAAUGAAUUUCACCAUUCCGGGGACUAUGUGGAGGAAAACAACUCGACAUCUGGCUUUGUCUCCGAUACUGUGUCUGGCGGUGGUAAUGAUACUUGGGGUCGGUCAUAUGGGGGUUCCAACAACAUCAACAAUAACACAACUUGGUCGAGCCAGGGUGAGAGCACAGGAAAGGGCUUCUGGGACGACGACGAUGCCAGUCCUGUCGCGUCGGACUACCGGUUCGGGCAAUCGCAGCAACCUCAGGGAAGUGCCUGGGACCGCCUCAGGAAUCAGAAUGCCAAUCCUUCGGCAGCUCGCCAGCAGCCGGGCUCAUACCCCACCCCGUUCAAUGAGCAGUUGACCGAACAGCAGAAGAAGCAGGCGGAGUUUGACAGGUUGGUCGACGCGGAGCGGAAUAUGACUUCUGAUUCGGCGGAGGGUUUCGGCAGAAAGAGCGGUGGCUUGUGGAGGUAAAUGCGUCCGACUAGUGGUCUUCCCACUUUGUAAAGUUGAGAGUGACAUGUUCAAUCGAGUGAUCGUUUUUAGCGUUGUUAUCAUUUCGUUCUUUUUGAAAGUGGACAUACUCCAUUCUAUCCUUACGUAAAGAUUCGAUUAGGAACAAUGAGGUCCCAAUCUCACUAAUGUCUUCUAUGGAUAAUGACUUCGCAUUGCGAUCACUACGGCUCUCUGGAGGUCAGAUUUGGGGUGUCAGAUAGUAC